ACCUGCCCCUGUACCCGGAAACUUGCCCAUAUACCCCUCUACCUGCCCCUGUACCAGGAAACUUGCCCCACAUACCCCUCUACCUGCCCCCGCCCCACAGAGACUGGCAGCGCUGCCCGGGACAUGGCCGGAGAGUGGGACCCGGAGUGGAACUCAACCUGGGAGGACGAGGCGGCACUGAGGGAGCGAAGGGGAACCGUGAGCCCCGACUGGGGAUCUCCCAGGGCAGAUCUGUGUAACUACCGGCGUGGAUAUCCGGGCAAAGUGGAACCGGACAGCGAGGAGAUGCCGAACCUGCAGUUCUACCAGAACCAGUGCCCCUUUAAACCAAAUGGGCUGCGCAUAGAGGCGGUGCUGAAAGAAUGGAGGGGGGAUUAUGCCCGGCUGGAACAGAAUCAUUCCUAUAUCCAGUGGCUGUUCCCGCUGCGGGAGAAGGGAGUGAAUCCAUACGCUGUGCCACUGACACUGCGGGAGAUUAAGGCGCUGAGAGCAGAUCCGGACGCCAUGAAGAGGUUCUGUAAGGCCUACAGGCUUAUGUUGGACUUCUAUGGCAUAGAAUUGAGGGAUGAGGAUUCUGGGGAAGUUGCCCGGGCCCCAAACUACAAGGAAAGAUUCAGUAAUCUCAAUCGCCGGGGGCACAAUAACCUGCGGAUCACACGGAUACUGAAGUGUUUGGGGGAACUGGGCUAUGGGCGCUUCCAAGCUCCACUCGUCCGCUUCUUCCUGGAGGAGACGUUGGUGCAUAAGGAGCUGCCCAAUGUCCGACACAGCGCCUUGGACUAUUUCAUGUUUACUGUGCGGGACAGAGAGCAGCGCAAGGAGCUGGUACUAUUUGCCUGGGAGCAUUUCCCAGACAAAGGGAGGUUUAUAUGGGGGCCUAGAGAUCUCUUGAGGCGUAGGGCAGAAAGGGGCUCAGAGAAUCACGGUGCCACAAAUGUCGGUCAAGAAAGGGAACAAGUUGCAAGGGUUGCUGUGGGCAAGGAGGCAGGAAGUCAUGGGAAUCUGGCGAGUGACAGAAAAGGCAGAGAGCAUUAUGGGAAAGAGACGCGUGAUAAAGAUGAGGGGAUCAGGGGACGCAGGAAUGGAGAAUCUUUAGAUGUAAAGGAUGAGAGAGACAGAGAGCAAAAAAAGGGAAAAAUAGAAUUCUUAGAAUGCCUGCCCUGCACAGGAGGAAAGAGAGGAAAGCACUUACAUAAAAAGGAUAUUGGGGGGCAGGAGGGGCAUUUGUCAGUUAAAGGGGGACGGGAAGGCUCCUUCAGGGACAGACUGACAGGAAAGAGCACAGCGAAGAAAAAGCAGAAGAAACCGUGGCGGUAAAUUUACCCAUUAGAUCUCUUUAGUUAGAGACACAGCAGCCAUGUUGCCUAAUCUUCUUUGGUGCCUGAGGCCUUUAGUCCCGCCCCUAUCAGGGUAACUGUCUUUGAUCUAGGAAGUGGUGCUAGGAAUUCUGGGAGUGGUCCACAUGUGUUUACUCUGGGCCAAAUAAAUAAAUACAUGUACAGUAA